AUGGCGACCUCUGCUGUGAGAUCUGCUCGACUCAGUAAUUUUCUCAAGGCCGUACAAGAUGGCAAAAAGACAGUUACGAACACGAACGAGGGCAAGCUUCUACUCGAGGCAAUCUGUGACCAGCCGGAUUCAGCUCGUGCCGUGGCAUCUCUCAUGUCCUCGGGCGUAGCUAGAAACGCACUUUCCAACGCGAUGAGCAUGGACCUUUCGCUGGAAUUCCUUAAUGGAAUUGCCUCUCAAUUCAUCAUUUACAUCACCGAUGAAGUUGUUCGACAGCUUGGUAAUGGUCAGAUUUUCCAAGACCUUCUCACAACCUUCAUGGACGUGCCGCUAUUCUGGCAGGCCCUUCAAGCGGCUCAUGGUAACAAGUCUUUAACCACGGGUAUCCGAGCAUAUGCCAGCUUGGUCCUUUCCCUGUUAUCGUUACCUCCAUCCUUGCCUUUCCUGUCCAACCUUGAUGUUGUGACAAUCGCGCAGAACGCUGUAAGUCCCCGGGCCGGGAUCGUAAAUUCGCAGGACCAGGACAUACGGACCAUUGGCUACCAAAUCCAGCAAGCAUUGGCAAUCACAACGCAGGGCUUGUCUGCAAGCCACAGCCUUCGCGACCAAGUCGGAGGUCGGCAUGAUAACGACUUCGCAGACUUUCGCCAAAUCGAACUUUGCCCCACUGCCGAUGAACUGGCCUCCAAGCAGACCCCAUUUUAUUUACCCUAUGAAACGGUACGGGAUGCCGAUCGAUCGAUAAGGCCUGCCAUGCACCUCGAUAAUCAGUUCAGAUUGCUCCGCGAAGACAUGAUCCACGAGCUCAGAGAGGACCUGGCGAUUGCGCAAGGUCGUGGCAAGACCAAUAGACGUCCGGUCGUACUACAGCAAUUGAAGCUAUGGGGUAUGGACUGUGGUCAGGAAGGAAAAUCUCGUUCAGCUCGUCUCGCAUUACGAUGUUUUAGUAAGCUCGCGGACAAAAUGCCCGCCGAUUUGGACAAUCGGAAGAAGUAUCUUCGUCAAAAUCCUCAAAUCGUGAAGCAUGAGGCGUUUGGAUGCAUACUUGCCUGUGGAGAAGUUCUUGCAUUUGCAACCAUCGAUCGCGAUGUGGAUAAGCUCGCGGAAACCCCGCCAACACUUCUUCUCCACGUCCUGGGCGAUGCAGCACUUCUCAGGGUUUUGAUCGCUUUCAAAACCGAGCGCCAAGCCGAUAUGCGGUUCGUCCUGGUCGGUACGCCGUUCUUCGCUUACGAACCAGUACUCAAGCGUCUUCAGACCAUGACAUCUAUACCUCUUGCCGAGCAGCUGCUCAAUCUCGAGGGCAAUCACAUGCCUCGUCAAUCGGAACUCGGGUUGGAGCGGCUUGCGGCCGAGAUCGAAACCCAUCAGGGACAAGAUCUCAAAUCUCUGCUAGAUCUGCCGAAGACAGUACAGCUUGACAAGUCUCAGACUGCUUCGUUGAAUGCUGCCUUGACACAGAAGGUGAGCGUGAUUCAAGGCCCUCCUGGCACAGGCAAGUCCUUCGUGGGAGCACUGAUCCUGAAAGCGCUCUUCCAAAACACGAAGGAGAAAAUCCUGGUUCUCGCCUUCAAAAAUCAUGCUCUCGACCAGACCCUCGAGGAUGCCAUGGAUAUGGGUAUUCCAGAGGGGACUAUGGUUCGCCUCGGAUCCAAGUUUUCACCACGUACCGAAUGUCUGAAGAUAUUUGAGCAGCGGAAGAACUUCACAGGCGGCAAGUUAUCACGAGAACAAUGGAACUUGCAGAAGUCGUUCUACGAAGACGUAGACGACCUUGCGAGGACCACAAGAGAAGAAAGCAAGAGCUUCGCAAAGUGGCAAUUUUCAAAUGCAGAGAUCCUUGAAGGCCUCGAGUUCUCCUGCGGCGAGGACCUGGAGUACUUUGAAGCUUUCAGGGUUCCCGCUGCUUCCGACGGCAUGACGCGAGUUGGGUCAAACGGCAAAGCGGUCGGCCCUGACUAUCUCAUUGGACGAUGGUUGAAGGGAAUGGAUGCCGGGAUUUUCGAUGAGAUGGCCAGAGGAAGCCAUGGCGCCAUUUGGAAAAUGACCAGAGAUUCCCGUAACCUGAAGUGUCGGCAAUGGAUCCAAGACGCAAUCAGCGAAAGAGCUAAAGUCGUCACGACCAGCACGGGUCGUUACGGGAAAGUCAACGAACGCCUGGCGACAUUUCGAGGGUCACGCGACGCUGCUCUGGUGCAGACCAAGCGUAUAGUCGGCUGUACAACGACAGCUGCUGCGAAGAACACCCAGCUCCUAUCUUCUAUCAACCCGGGCAUCAUUAUCGUUGAAGAAGCAGGUGAGGUGCUUGAGAGUCAUAUCCUCGUAUCGCUUUCCAAAGCUACAAAGCAACUCAUUCUCAUCGGCGAUCAUCUUCAGCUGCGACCCAAAGUCAACAAUUUCGGCCUUACAGUUGACAAGAACGAUGGAUUUGAUCUUGACCGCUCACUCUUCGAGCGCCUGGUGGUUGAGGGGUAUCCUCUUUCAACGUUAGUGAAACAACACCGCAUGCGGCCCGAAAUUUCAUCUUUAGUCCGGCGGCUUAUGUAUCCCGAUCUGCAAGACGACGUGAAGACUUUCAACAGAGCCAACAUUCGAGGGUUGGCCAGCGAUGUGAUCUUUUUCAAUCACAGCCACCUCGAGGAUGAUGACUCCAAGAACAGUGCCCCGGACGAUGGCCGCAAAGCAAGCCGUCAAAACCGAUUCGAAGCUGACAUUGUCUUGAAGACGGUAAAGUAUAUGGCACAGCAAGGGUACUCCACCGAUGAUCUGGUUGUCUUGACACCUUACCUGGGUCAAUUGCGACUUCUAAUGGACCGAUUGAGGGAGGAAGUAGAGAUGGCUAUGGAUCCUGUGCUCAGUGAUAUCGAUUCGCAUGAUCUUGUCAAGGCGGGUCUUCUCACGCCUGCAGCAGCAAAAGUUGGACAGAAGAAGCUGACAAUGUCUACCAUCGACAACUUCCAAGGAGAAGAGGGCAAGAUCGUCAUUGUGAGUUUGACGCGAGCCAACCGAAGAGGCGAUGUCGGGUUCAUGAGGAGUGCUCAGCGCCUCAAUGUCCUCCUCUCUCGAGCGCGAGAUGGUAUCAUCAUCGUAGGAAAUGCCGAAAGCUUCACAUCUAGCAAGUCCGCCUCCGGCGUGUGGAAACCUUUCAUCGCACAGCUUCAGGAAAACCAUCAGCUCUUUGAUGGGCUUCCUACGAAAUGUGAACAACAUCCAGAUCAGACCACCUUGCUGAAGACCGCAGCAGACUUUGACGAAUAUUGUCCAGACGGCGGAUGCACCAGGCCUUGUCCCGCGAUGUUGAGCUGCGGUCAGCAUGCCUGUCCAAGUCGCUGUCAUUCCUUGUCCGAUCAUUCCAAGAUUGCAUGCAAUUAUAUUCUGCACGAAAAGUGCCCCCAAAACCAUACAUUUACACGUCGCUGCUCGCAAAAGUUGAAGGUGUGCACAAAGUGCGAGGCCGAAAAGAAAGCCCUCGACGCAAAACAAAAGCGAGACCAUGCAUUGGCCGAGAAGCGCGAGGCUCUAGAGAAAGAACACCGACGAAAACUCCAGGAAAUCGACGAACGCAUUCGCGAGCAACAGCAACUCCGCAAGGAUCAGGACGAGGAUCGAGCAAGAAGGAAUCUUCUGGCACAGCGCGUGCACGAUCUGCAGCAGGAGUAUUUGCUUACCCAACAGCAUGCAGCACAGGCACCAGCGGCAGCUCCACCCAAAGACUAUCCUAAUGAUCCACAAGAUCAUGCGACUCCAACACCCACCGCGAAUGCUCAGAAUGACCCAUCAACAAGUGUAACCGAGCCUAUCGAAAGCUCUCAGUCCGCGUCAACCGGCAAGAGCAAGGAUACAAGAGACCCCAAGUCUGGUUCUCCAGCAGAGAUCGAUUGGCAGUACCAAAAGGACAUCGAGGGUGCGGCCAACGAGCAUAUCGAUGCUCUGAUGCAGAUGAUCGGUCUCGAGAGCAUCAAGCAAAAGGUGCUCAAUGUCAAGACCAAAAUUGAGACCGUCCUUCGUCAAGGAGCUUCUCUCAAAAGUGAGCGGUUCGGAGCGGUGUUCCUUGGAAAUCCUGGCACUGGAAAAACCACAGUCGCCAGGCUCUAUGCGAAAUGCCUCGCCUCGAUGGGUGUGGUCCCUGGCACCGAAUUCAAGGAGCUGACAGCAGCUCGCCUUAUGAACGGCGGCACAAAAUUCUGCGAACAAACCAUCCAAGACGUCCUCAAUGCCGGCGGUGGAGCUAUCUUCAUCGACGAAGCAUAUCAGUUGGCCUCUGCCCAGAGUCCCGGAGGGCGCCAAGUACUUGACUUUCUCCUGCCCGAGGUGGAAAAUCACACCGGUAAAAUCCUAUUCAUUCUGGCUGGCUACAACAAAGAAAUGGAGGACUUGUUCGCACACAACGAGGGUUUUCGCAGCCGGUUUCCGCACGAGCUCAAAUUCGCGGAUUACGAGGACCACGAACUUCGCAAGAUCUUCGAGCAUCAGGUACGAGCUCGAUACAAGAAUCCAUCCAUGGAGCUCGAGGACGGAUUCGAUGGUCUGUAUGCUCGCAUUGUCGCGAGACGCAUCGGCUAUGCGCGUGGUCGUCCCGGAUUCGGCAACGCGCGAGCUGUCGCCAAUCAGGUCGCCAUUGUGUUCGAGCGUCAAGCCAACCGCCUCAAGACUGAACGACGCUCCGGCAAGAGGCCGAACGAUUUUUUCACAAGCAAGGAGGACCUGAUCGGCCCGGAGCCUUCGGUCGCUCUAGCCAACAACAAGUCAUGGCAAAAGCUCGGCGAUCUCAUCGGUUUGAAGGCUGUCAAGGAAUCGAUCGGGGCCCUAUUACAGACCUUGCAGACGAACUAUGAAAACGAGCUCCAAGAACGACCGCUGAUCUCCUUCAACCUCAACAAAGUGUUUUUGGGCUCUCCGGGGACAGGCAAGACGACCGUCGCGAAACUCUACGGUCAAAUACUCGCCGACAUUGGAUUUCUCUCAAACGGGGAGGUGAUUGUCAAGGAUCCCUCUGACUUCAUCGGAGAUGUUAUAGGAGCAUCGGAAAAGGUGACAAAGGGGAUCCUGGCCGCCACGGUGGGCAAGGUCCUGGUCAUUGACGAAUGCUACGGUCUGUACUCAGGCGCUUCAGCUAGUACUUCCUCACAAAACGAUGUAUUCAGAACAGCAGUCAUUGACACCCUCGUGGCGGGCAUUCAGAGCGUGCCUGGUGAGGACCGCUGUGUCUUGUUGCUCGGCUACAAGAAUGAAAUGGAACGCAUGUUCCAAAAUGUCAAUCCUGGUUUGAGUCGAAGAUUCCCUCUGAGCGAGGCUUUUCUGUUCGAAGACUUCAGCGAAGCUGAACUACACACAAUCUUGGACUCGAAAUUAACACAAGCAGGCUACACGGCGACCGUGACGGCGCUUGAAACCGCUAUGGAUUUUCUUCAGCGCGCCCGCAACAAGCCCAACUUUGGAAAUGCUGGCGAAGUCGACAUCCUACUAAAUGGGGCCAAGGCUAGACAUCAGCAACGAAGCAUGCAGAGCUCGAGUCCGAUCGGCAUGGUCUUCGAACCCGUCGACAUUGAUCCGGAUUAUGACCGAAUCGCGAGGGCAUCGGUGAACGUGCAGGAGUUGUUCAAAAACGACAUCGGGCGAGAGGAUAUUGUGAAAGAGAUGGAGGCUAUACAGAAACUGACCAAGCUUUACAAGGCGCGGGGAAAGAAUCCGCGCGAAGCGGUCCCGUUCAAUUUUGUGUUUAGCGGUCCGCCUGGCACUGGUAAGACCACGACUGCUCGAAAGAUGGGACAGAUCUACUACGACAUGGGCUUCCUCGCGACGGCAGAAGUUAAAGAAGUCUCGGCUACGGAUCUCAUCGGCGAAUACGUGGGCCACACAGGGCCCAAGACACUCAAGACCUUUGAAAAAGCUUUGGGUAAGGUCCUCUUCAUUGACGAAGCAUACCGUCUCGGACAGGGCCGUUUCGCCAAAGAGGCCAUCGAUGAGAUCGUGGAUUGCUUGACGAAGGAAGCUUUUAUGAACCGGCUCGUGGUUAUCCUAGCUGGAUAUCAGGAACAAGUCGAUCAAUUACUCACGGUCAAUCCAGGUUUGAUGAGCCGCUUCCAGAAAACCCUUCAAUUCCGCCAUCUUCCUGCGACCGACUGUGUCGAAUUGCUGAUGCGCAAGCUCCGCGCGAAUGACAUGCUCGAUGUUCGUGCCGUGGACCCUGGAAGCGCGACAUUCGUUGCAAGCCUGUGCGCCAAGUUCGACAAGUUGCAGCGAUUGGGCAGCUGGGCGAACGCCCGUGAUGUCGAGACUCUGUGCAAGAAGUUGGUGCAGAGAAUGAUGGCAUCGGCCGACGAAACAGCGUCUGAGAGUAUCCUUGUCCACGAGGGAGAUAUCUCCGCCGUGGUGGAUGUGUUUAUCUCGGAGCGGCAGCAACGUCAUCUACACAACACGAGUACCGAUGGCGGAGAUUCAGCUACAUUAGCCACCGCGGGCAUCCCCCAACCUGACUCCGACAGGACUACGAAUCCUCCCGCAGUGCCUGCCUCGCAGGUUAAGACCACAACCACUGCUGCGCCUCCAGACCUUUCUCUCAGCCAGGGCCGUGUCGAAGCCGAGGACGUCUCUGUUGGUGUACGGCGAGAUUCCGGCGUCAGUGACGAGGCAUGGGACGCACUCCUCGCCGCUCAAAAGGCUGCCGACGAGCGGGAGAAAGACUACCAGGAUAUUUCUACGAAGGCACAAGAGCUCGAGUCCAAGGCUAACGAGCCUGAUGAGGAGUCCAGCGAUCCGCUCAACGUUGGCCCCGAUGAUAACGACGAAGAGCGCAAGCGGAAAUUAGAAGAAUCCAGGAUCCGGCGAGAACUGGCUCGUCGAAAGCGCGAAGUAGAGGCUGAACGACUUCGACGCGAGUUGGCGGCGAAAGAGGUGGCGAGGAAGGCCGAGCAAGAAGUCCAGAGGAAGCUGCGAGUCGUGGGGUUAUGCGUCGCAGGAUACCGAUGGAUCCGGAUGCAUGACGGAUAUGUUUGUGCCGGAGGCUCGCAUUAUGUCUCGAAUGCUCAACUUGCUGAUAUGCAUUGA